AAAAGAAACGUCAAAAAGUAGGUCAAUAAUUUUACAUUUUACCUUUCAAUACGUGUGGUCGUAUGUUGAGAAUUUUUUUUAGUAUCUUCACUAUUACUUAAGAAUUUAAUGAUAGGUAUUCCAGAGGAUGGGUUAUAGUGAAAUAUGGCUGAAAAAUUAGGUUUAGGUACUGAGAUUAGGGAAUUAAAGAUUGGACAGAGCUUUAUCAAUCCGAAAUCGAAAGCAUUUCACACUAUAAAAUAUGAUUUUAAGCCUGCCUCAGUAGAUACGAGCAAAAAAGCGACUGUUGAAGUUGCGGGAGGGAACCAAGUCACUGUUACUGUACCUCAUUUAGAUGGAGCUGGAAUUCCUCAAACCGUAUUCAAGGGUUCCCAAAAGCCCUACACUAAAGAAUGUGUUCUUAUAAUAGAUAGAGUAACAGGUGAAAUAACUUUAGAAAAAUUAAAUUGCAAUAUACAAGUAAAGAAAACUAGGAGUGAAUACAGCAAACCUCAUUUGUCUAAAGCAGAUAAGGUAAAUCAGAACAAUGACAAAUCUGGCGGUGGUAUGUCAUCUUCCAACUCGUCUAGCAAUUCUAAGAAUACGCUUCCGAUGCGAUCUCAAACACCUCCCGGCCCCGGCGUAGGUCACCGUGUAUCCAAUAAAACGAAAGUGACAAGUGGCAGCCGCAGAGGUGCCGAUAGACAAAUCACGCAUUUGGUGCCAAAACAUUCGCCUCUACACGCGAGCCCUAGUUACCCUUCUCCUGGCCAUCCAGUCAAAAGUCCUAAAAGAGAAUUACACAACAGUAAUGCCCACGAGUCACAUAGCCACAGCACUCUUGCCAGUUUGCCAAUGAUAGGUGUAGAUGAUUUUUCAGAUCUCCGACCUCCUUCUAGAAAUGCUCAGAUCCCUUCGAAUUCCAGAGCUCAACAUAGUGUAAACAAUCAAAGACUACCUAAUGAAAAACGACCUAUGCCUCCAUCUGUGCCAACUGUUAAGGUUGACGAUAACGGUGUAGGAGAAAUAACUGAUAGUUCAUCAUCAAGUAGUGAUAGUGAUUCGGACUCUGAUGAAGAUACUGUAAUGAACAAGAACGUUUCUGCAGCUGGUAAAAUAAACGGUUAUAGUAAUGGCAAUGCCAAUUCUAUGAAACUGUUACUAAAUGAUGAUUUGUGCCUCUCUGAAGAAACUGGCUCUGAUUCAGACUGAUUUGUUAAAGGGUUAUUCUUUAUCCUAUGUAAUUUUGUGAAUAAAGACGAUGUGGCAAACUUUAUAUGGUAAUGAUAUUUAGUAUUGUAAUAAAAUGAUACAUAAUGUACUAUAUUUCCAUAAUUAUAUACUGCAGGUGAAUUUUGGUUUUUUAAAAUGUUUUUCAUAGAAAAUUUUGACGAAAAAUUAA